UGCCAGUUGGUUCUUUUUAAGUGUAACGUGCUUUUUUUAUUAUUAACUUGCAGUUUCUCGUCGACAACAGUUAAUUCAGUAUUUUAUUAUUGAAACCUUUAUCUGUUACCAGGAAACCUCUGAUAAAUAUUCCAAUUUGAAUAUUUUUCUUGAAACAAAUUACAAAAAAAGGUAUGAAUUCAAAUCAGGAGAUAAGUGAAGCGGAGAAAAACUUCAACCAAACUUUGGAGACUCUUCAAGAUUGGAGGCGCCAGGAAAUCAAUGUUGGUGUGAUUGGACAAGCAAAAGUGGGCAAAUCGACUCUAAUCAAUACCUUGCUUGGAUAUGAGUAUGACGAAGAUGGUAAUUUGCCCUCAGGUGCUGCGGCUGUGAACGAGGCUGGAGUGUGCACAACUGAGCCACGUCCGUUCGAACAUCCUGAAAACAAACGAAUAAAAAUUUGGGAUCUACCAGGAGUCGAUGGCAGUAAUUUUCUUCUAAGAAAUUACUGGCAAAAAAUCAGAGCAAAAGAUUCGCAGCUAAACCCAGAAGGAGAUAUUAAAUAUGAUUUUUUCAUCAUUGCUCUGAAUAAUGUUAUUGGGACAGAUGCAAGCAGUCUGAUUGAAGGAGCGAAAACGAUGAAAAUAAAGUGGUAUAUUGUCAGGACUCAAAUUGAUGUGACAAUUGAAUUUGCGAAAAAACGAAAAAGAAAUGAACAAAAGACAAUUGACGAAACCAGGGGAAAUCUGAUCAUACAGUUGAAAGAAAAAUGUCUGGAAGAAGGAAGUGAUUUCAAUCUGUACUUAGUUGAUGGGACAGAAAGAGGGAAAUUUGAGAUGCCGAAAUUGAGAGAUGAUCUACUGACAGACUGCCCGGAGGCCAAAAAGCUCGUGUUGCUAAGACAUGCGAAGGAAAAUGGCAAAGUUGUCGCUAUGGCAAAGUUAACUGCCCUGCAGUCGCGAAUACCAAAAGUAGCAUCUGCUUGCACAAAGCGUGAUAAGAUUCCGCUAUCCAGUUUUUUUUGCAAGAAAAAACCGGAGCAACUGAUCGUGGAAGAAGUUUUGUUGUAUCAACAAACCUUCAGGCUACUGAAAAUAGACAUCGAAGAAUUUACUCGCGAUCACGCAAAAGGAAAAGGAAACUUCGAAGAUAUCGUCAGGAACCACUUUGAAGGAGAAGAUCCAGGGUUGACAUUCAUCCGCGACCAGGCGAACAAGCUCCGGUCAACAGACUCGACUGAAGAAGUGGAAAAGACCGCGGCAAGUAUAGUUGCACUUGGCGUACUCGGUGGUGUUGGUGUUGGUGUGGCUGCUGUUUCAACUGGUGCCGUUAUCGCAGGAGCUGGAGGCACAGCUACGACUGGAGGCGCAGCUGCAGCGGCAGCAGCAGGAACCACGGCAGCAGGAGGUACGGCUGUGGCAGCAGGAGGCACAGCUGGGGUGGCAGGAGGUACGGCUGCGGCAGCAGGAGGUACAGCUGGGAUGGCAGGAGGUGCCGCUGGGGUGGCAGGAGGUGCAGCUGCUGCAGAAGGCGCAGCAGCAGGUGGUUUGUCAGUGGGAGGGUAUGCUUUAAGUGCAGGAGCCGCUGUAGUUGGUGCGGUGGCGGCUGUUGCUGUUGUUUCUGUGACUUCAUUGAUAAUCGGAGGCGUCACAAUCUACAAAUAUUCAAAAACCAAAGAUGGAUACGAAGAAGAACUGCGCAAAAGACUCAAUUCAACUUACAAACUGGCCAUCAAAGUGGAAGAAGAAAAGGCAAAACUAGCAGGGAUCUACUAAACUCAUCGCAAAAGGAAGAGUUCAAAAGCCUUUGACCGAAAUUUAACGAUUUUAUAUGAGCUACAAAAUUAACAAUUUCUGUACAGAAUUGAGAUAUUUUUCCACUUUCUGAAAAAACCACGAAUUUUCUUUGCGCCUAUUAUGUAUAAAAUUUGGUGCUGCUUAUUUUGAACAAAUUCUAAUUGGCAUUGGAGCAAACUCUAAUUGGAGAGCUUUUGUUCGAUUUUAACAAACGGAAAAAAAAUAAUGAAGGUGCUUUCAAAUAAAACAAUUAAUUUGUUAAAUGUCAAAAAAGGCAAAUGUUUGCAAGCAAAUCGAAAAA